AUGUCUUCUCUAACUUCCCUACCAGAUAUUGCACUAACAAAUAUUCUGGAACACUUGGAUUUUAAGUCCAUAUUGACUCUCCGGCAUACCUGCCAUGACCUUCGUAACUUCAUCGACGAUGUCAAGCCCAACUCAAAUGUCAGAAGCAUCCAUAUCUCUAUUGGAACUGAGUCAAUAAAUCUCGUGCUCUAUGCAGAAACUAGAUUUUCAAAAACUUACAAAGAAGACAACUUUUCUGAACAAUUUCUAACGAACCUGAUGAUAAUUCUAAGUUUUCAAAGAGCUCCACUGGAAUAUAUGGAAGUUUCAUAUGACUAUCGACACCCAACGGAUCAAUUUAUCUCUCUGGAGGAGAUUUCAAAGAUUCUCAAAUGUAGACCACGCUCACUUUCAGUCAAUCAUUUUCGGUUGGAAAUUUUCAACCAAGAAGAUGUUAUGUUUGUGUUACCAUUCAUAACAACUGAGAAGAUUAAUAUAUCCAAUCCAAAAAGGAAACACGACGUGCUGGAAUUGAAUAAUGUUGUAGAAUUGGACCAGUGGAAGCAGGCCAAGGAGAUUGACAUUCGAAAUUUUACUAUCGUGGAGUCACUUAACCAUUUUCUGAAUUUCGAUGACAUUUUUGUGCAAGUGGAGACGAUUUCUUUGGAAGAUGUUGUCAUGAUGAAAGAUAAAUGUCUCCAGUCCUCCACUACUAGCUCCAUUCGAAUCGAUUUCAAUGAGCUUGUUGAUCGAAACCGUCUGGAAGAAGUGCUGGGUCCAAAACGACCGCAUUCUUGGAAAAAUUGGUUCAUUCCUAUAGAAAAUUCUGAAUUUGGAGUCUCAAUUGAUCUAAUUAAGUAUUAUAUUUUGUUCGAGAGGAGUCCGAGAACAAUUUAUAAUAUGUAA